GCGAAACCCGCCAGUUCCCUCUUGGAUACCGUGUCCAAUAGUUGCCUUUUAGUUGUUUGUCUCUUUAGCACGAGGAGGAGUCUCUCACUAAACAACUUUUGUGCAUUUUUUGUGGAAAAUCAGUCGCACAAAACACUGAAGAAAAUCUUCUUAAGACACGAAAAUAAAAAUAAAAAAAAAACUUGCCCUCCACAAGAAAAUAUUAUAAUAGAAUUUAAUCUCUUGCAAAAUCCAUUAUCUCAAGUCCAACAAUGAAUAUAGAAAUUUCACACCUGAAAAUGGCAAAUUCCGGCGAGACAGGAACAGGAGUUGAUUCAGCCUACAAGAAUAACUACGUGAGCGGUGCUAACAGAUACUGGCCAACACUCUUCAAACUCUUUGAAUUGGCACUUGCAAUUGUCUGCAUUGGACUGCUCGAUGAUCCUGCCAACAACACCUAUUUACGGACACAAUUUGCCCAUCAAAGAACAAUUGCCCUCUGUUAUGCCACCUUUGGAGCCUACAUCAUCAUCUGCGGAGCAUAUUUGCUCGGAAAGGUCUUCCAGGAUACCAUGUCCUGGAAGACAGCAGCUCUGCUUAAUUUUAUCGGAGCUGUACUUUUUGUGGCCUGUGGAGCUACCCUCCUGCGCGAUUGGUCAAUAACAAAAAAUCGCAAUUACUGGCACCCAAAUACCCAACGAAUGGAUCUUCUCUGUGCUACCGGAUCUGUUGCCAUUGUAGCUGCCAUCGUCUUCUUGGUUGACCUCCUAGCAACAUUGCUACAAGGUGUCCGUGGCAAUUUGGAAUAGAAUAUCCAUAUAAGAAUCUCUUUUCCCCAUCCUCAAAUCUUCCCCGUUAGAAACAUUCCUGGAGAAUAUUUCUUCGGAAUUUUAAGAUACAAAAUGUACGACUAUCACAAGCCCUAUCCCAUUUUCUCUUCAAACACAUACAUUAAAAACAAAAACAUUUUUUCUAUAGCAUUUUCUUAUAGAGCAACAAGUAGAGAGCACAAGUUUUAAGGGUAUUAAAGAGAUAAGUAUCGAAAAUUAACAAACGUCCAGAAAUUCCGUCCACAUCACAACAAAUUUCCCCUCAAAUCAAAGAUAGAGGUCAUUUGAAGGUCGAAAUAAACCCAUUUGACCGGAAUUUCACGAAAGAAUUAUUGAAUAAAAUAAACAUUUUAGUAAUUUAAAAUGUGUUUUUUAAUAUAUAUUUCUGGGUAAUUCAAAUCAAUAAAACACAAAAUCAGAAAGUGUAAAAUCUAUCUUUGAUUUUGAAGGAUCUUUUUUUUUAUUAGCAAUUUUUCUUUUGAGAGAAAAAAUACCAAAUAGUAGAUAUGUAAGUUGAAUAUUUUGCAUUCUUUCGAGACGAUUAAAUGUACAAACAUUUCUUUUUAACAAUUUAUUCAGCAAGAAGAGAAGAUUAAAUUUUCAAAUGGAAAAUAAGCAAUCUCAUUUAUUCUAUCAAGUUCGUUCUCUUAUUUAAGCAAGAGGUCACUUUGUAAUUUGAGGUUAGGAAGAACUUAAUCCUUUAAAAAAAAUCCAUCCUCAUUAGUGGUAGAAAUACAAUUUUAUCAAUAAACUUUACAUUUGAGAGACGAAUAAAUUAAUUUGAAAAUAUUUUUAUUAUGUUUCUCAUUUUUAACCUCAUUCCCUAUAAAAAAAAAAACUAACCUAAUUUUUUAAUGAUUUUUUUAGAAAUGUGUAAUAAUUUUUUAAUGUUCAGAAAACCUACAGAACUGUUUUAUCAGUUACAUUUUUUUAAAUAAUCAAGACGAUUUUAUAUAUCAAAAAUGAUCAGUUUUUUGAGGUUAUAUUGUGCUGAACGUCUAACAAAUAAAACAGUUUGCUUUUUUAAUUAACAGGGUGUUCUUUCCUUUGAAUAAAAAUAUUAAGCUAUUUAACUUAUAUUUAUUGCAAUUUAAAGCACACUUUCUUAUUUUAAAACUGCAAAAAAUAGAAAUAAAUUUUUAAAAAAAAAUAACAGAAAAUGUAGUUUGAUUUGAAAACUGCAAAAAAAUGAAUUAUUACAAUAAUAUAUUUUAUCGACCGUGAUUUACUAAUUUUUUAAAGUUAUGCACAACUUAACCUCAAUUUAAUCUUUAUUGUUAAUUAGAAAUGUGAGGUUAAGGAGAACAUAAGCUUUAAGAAGGUAUUGUAACUUCGAAUGGAGAAAAACAUGAAAAUUCUACGACUACAAGCAAUUAUUUUUUUUACAAAAUUGUUCAUUUUAGUGACAAAUGGAACGAUUUUGAAAUUUAAAUUCUGCCUAAUUCCUAUAUAGGGCCAAUAGAUAAAUUCGAAAAAUUUGAGGUUAUAACAAACCAAACCUUUAUUUUUUGUAGCACAAUUCUUUAGUAUUCCCAUCAAUUUUAAUAUCAAAGAUUUUUCUACGACCAAAAUGAAUUUAAAAUUUCUUUACAUUCAAAUUAGUCGAAUUCUAACCUGAAAGACAAAAGAUUUGGGCUAUCAAAAUGUUUCUGGGAUGUUUUGUCUAAAAAAGAAAGGCAAAAAACAAACGAGCAGUAAAAAAUUCAAAAUAGUCUGUAAAAAAUUAAAAAUGAGCAGUAAAAUAUAUAAUUAUGCUCAGUAAAAAAUUUAAAUUUUUACAAAAAUGGGUCUAAUUUAUAUAUUUAACAUUUAAAAUUGUUUCUGAUAGGAUGAAAAGCCCUUUAUUUUCUAUUUGCCAAAAUUUGGACGAUAAUAUCACUGUUUCAAUUUUUUGUUAUUGCUCAAUUUUAACUUUUUACUGCUCAUUUAUACAAUGGCAAAAAGAAGAACGACCAGAUUUUCAAUUUAUUUUCAAAAUCAAAUGGACGUUGAGCAGUUUCUUUUUCGAGGUUACAUGACACAUAACCUCAAAUUAUAAAAUAAUCUAUAAAAAAGUGCAUAAAGUUCAUUAUUUAAAAUCUUUUGCAUCCUUUUUUCCUUCCUGUAUUGCAAUCUAAUUUUGCCAUAAUUUAUUCAAUUAACAAAAAUAGAGAACUAUGACAAAGAAUGAAAAUAUUUUGGUUAUUAACUACACUUUCUUUGAGCUUUUCUGAAAGAAAAGUCUUGCAUUCAAAUUAAAUUAAAAUAUUCGUUUUUUUUUUUAAAUCUCAAUGAUUUAAUGUUAUUAUAAAAACUAUAGAUAUCUUUGAGUAUUUGCUACGAAAAUAAUACCCCAUUUUUUAGGUUAGAUCCAACAUAACCUCACAUUCUAAGCUAUCCUUUUGGACGUGGAUUAAAAGAAUGAGAUCAUGUGUUUCAUUUGCAUAUUUGCCUUUAAAAUUAUUAAUAAAUUACUGAAUAAAGAAAUAUUUGUUAGGGAAAAAAAUCGUUAAAUUUUGUGGUUAGAUCUGGAAUUUCUAGACUCUUAAGCACAAGAAACAGACAAGAUUAAUUUAUCUCUCAUAUGUUGAAAGAAAAAUUGAUAAAAUUGCAUUUAGACUUUGGAACUUCGGAAUUUUCGCUACAACCUAAUUUUUUGAGGUUAGAUCAAUUAUAACCUCAAAAACAAGAGAAUUAUGCUUCAUAUCUUUUUCUAUCUCAUUUCAAAUCAUUUUUUUUACGUUUGUAGAGAUAAGAAUCAAUGUAUUAAAUCUAAUGAAAAUCACUACUUAUCAUAUUUACCAUGUUAGUGAUUAGCAGAUAUAGAAAAGAAAAUCUAACGAAUUAAUUAACGAACAUACCCGACAAAUUAAUGUAAUUUUCAUGUUAGAAAACUCUUAAAUAAAAUUAUUUUGUAGAGAAUAAACUCCCGUGUAAUUGAGAAUUGAAUAAAAAAUAUAUUAAAGCACAGA